CUUGGCGGAAGCCCGACCUCGUGGGAAGACACGGCCUUGACCUUGCACUAGAGAGGACGCAGAUAUGACAAUAUGACAAGCGUCUUCGGCAGAAGCGUGAGGAUAUUGUCAGUGCUACGUUCAACAUACUGUCGUCAGGGGAAGAUGAGCGUCCACCAGAUUGCCGAGACUGGUUAUUUGAAGGGCGCCCAUUAUAACGCCAACAGACCUUCUUAUAGCGAGGAGGCUGUAGACCUCAUCACGGGCACAGUUUCUGGAAUACAAACACGUGACACAGUGACGUACGAUGUCCUGGAACUGGGCGCAGGCACCGGACUUUUCACCAAGAGAAUAAACCAGAAACUACCAAAGACUUCCCGUUACCUGGCAACAGAGCCAUCGGCAGGGUUUCUUCCGGUUCUUCAAAAGAGUUGCCCGGAUGUGGAGACACGCCAGUGUGCAGCAGACUCCAUACCUUUAUCUGACAGUGCGGUCAAGGCGGUGAUCUGCGCCCAAAGUUUCCAUUGGUUUCCAUACAGUCAUGUCCUGGACGAAAUACGACGGGUGAUGGUGGAUGGAGGGAAGCUUAUACUGAUCUGGAACAAGAAGGACUGGUCGGUUCCGUGGAUAAGUGAAAUACAAAGCUACAUAUCGAAAGAAGAUGAUACAAGACCCGUGCACAAUGUAGGCGGAUAUCUUGCCUGGAGGGAAGUAUUUCAAGAUUACACCGGUUUCAAAGACGCAAAAUACAUCCAAUUACCUGGAGUUGAGUUUAAGGGCAACCAGGAUUUCGUGGUUGAUCACAUGUCCUCAAUUAGCGUCAUGGCGGGUCUUUCUGACGAGCGGGCCCGACAGGCUCUGGGAGACAUCCGGGCUAUCCUUCAGAAACACCCGGAAACCAAGGACAACGACUUGAUUCAGAUUCCGUUCACCACUGAGGUCUACAUUUACACGUGUCACAAGACCGGCGGAAUGGAAGAACUAAAGGAGAAAGGCGGUCACUACGAUGCGAACCGGCCAACCUACACCAAGGAGACCAUUGACCUCAUUGCAAGGGAGAUAACUCAAGUUGAAAAUAUCGAAAAUACCAAAGGGAUUCAGUAUGAUGUGCUUGAGCUUGGUGCCGGGACUGGGAUAUUCACGAGAAAAAUAUUUGAAAAAUUACCUGAGGGUACCCGUUACCUGGCAACAGAGCCCUCGGACGCCUUCCUGCAGACGCUCAAAGGCAUGUCUCCAAACCUGGACGCCAAGAACUGUGCCGCUGACAGUAUACCACUGCCGGAUAACUCGGUGAAGGCGGUUCUAUGUGCCCAGUGCUUCCACUGGUUCUCCACCACAGCGGCUCUAGAUGAAAUGAGGAGAGUCUUGGUGGAUCAAGGAAAACUGGUGCUGGUGUGGAACAUGCGGGACGUGUCCGUGCCGUGGGUCAAACAGAUAGAGGGACUUGUGGCCAAGGCUGCCGGGCAGGGUGCGGACAAGCUGCCCACCACCUUCCACUGGAGAAAGGUCAUGCAGGGGUAUUCCGGUUUCAGGAACGAGGCUCAUCAGCGGAAGGAGGGAACUCCGUUACAGGGAACAGUUGAGGCAAUCCUCAAGUAUUACUCCACCUUCAGUAUGAUAUGUGCCCUGGAGGAACAGGAACAACGCCAGACUCUCGCCGACAUCCGGGACAUCCUGGACCAAAAUGUGGCAGGGAAGGAUAUCGGGAAGUACCCCUUUAACACCGAGAUUUACACAUACAUCUGCAACAAGUCGUGAUGGGGGCGCCUGGUACAGCAAAUAGUACCAGCUCUGAAUGGCAGAGACAAUUACACACGCGAAGAAAAUUGUUAUUGUAAUUGGUGACUCGUAACUAGAUGUCAUGGUUUGUUUUAAGAUGUAACACAACGCAUCGUUCAGGAAUAAAAGCUUUAUUAACUGGA